UUUAACAGAAAAAGAUGUUCCUGGAGCAAAACUAAAAUUUGCAACUGUAAAGGAUAACAAUGUAACAUUAAGACGCUGGCUUGCAUGCCGUGAUUUAAAAGUUACUGGAAAAAAAGUUAAUUAAUAGUCAGUUCUACAACCAUCAUCCACUCCAUACAACAUAGCAGAGAAAAUACAAGAAGCUAACAUUGUUCUUUUUACUACCAACCCUACAUUAAGUAAUCAGAAAACUUCCAGAGUCAGAUUCAGAGAAGAGUUGAUUUCAUAUGAACCAGACAUGACUGAUGACGACGUGAACAGUAUCGAAAGCGAUCAUAUUGAAAUAACAAGCGACAGUCAAAGCACAGUAGAGUUUAAAACUACAAUAAAUGGAGAUCUAAACAUUUUCGAUAUUGAAGAGGUAGAUGAGGUGGAAGAGAUUGUCGAAGAAGUAAAUAGUGAAAUCGAUUUCAAUGUGGAAAAAGUUCAAGAGAGCAGUGAAUUUAUAAAAGAGAAAGAUGGCGAGCGAAAUAUGACAAACAAUACAAUAAAUAUUACUUCUAAUAUGUACAAUUCAAUAAAGAAGAGUGGGAAACAAAAACAACAAAACCAACGUUAUUCAAAUAUCCACAAAGUACAUUGUAGAGAUCACUGCAUCGAAAGACUGGAUUUCGAUUUGUCCAUGUCUAUAAAAAAACUCGAAAUACACGAGAAAGUGAUUCUACCACCCCUUCAGCUGUUACAAAGAAAGUGUUGUGAUGAGGUUAAGCAAAAGGUAUAUCGAAACUUACCCAGUUAUAAUGGUCUAAGAUCGGAGUAUGGAUUAACGUAUAGACAACUGCAGAAACGGGAAAGGGAGAAGGAAAUUUCAAAACUGAAAGAACAGACACGAAGAAAGCUCAUAGAAGAGUAUCGCGACAGAAAAAUUCAGCAAAAUGAAGAAGUAUUCUCUCAGUGGCUCAAAGAAAUUUCGAGGAGGCGAACGGAAAAACAUUCCGCUCAAAAACUGAAAAUCAAACAAAGUAUCACGCCCAAUGUUAUAAGUUUGCCCAAUAAGCAGCAGGGGAAAGUUAGAGCAAGACCAAAAACUGCCAAUGAAUUUGUUCCAAAGACACAAGUAAAAAAACCCCGCCGGCCUCACACAACAUCUUCCUGUGUUUUCAUAGAAGUUCCCCAGCGUUUGUUGGAACGAGGCAUUAAUAUAGGUGACUUGAUCAUCACGAAUUCAAAGUUUUUUACUAAAAAAUUGCAUUUAUUGGCUGUGUCGUGAAGUUGAGGAGAAUGAUUUCUGAAUAAAUCUACUUUGAUAUGGCUAUUUUGCUGAUGUAUUUCCAGGAAAUUAAUUGAGGCACUACAUAUAUUUAUUUUUCUCUUGAAAUGUGCAGAAUUUAAUAAUGUAGAUAGAGUAAGUUUGUUGGAAGCACUCUUCACAGUAUGUUCCAUUAUGAUUGAGUGUUGAAUAAAUUGGUUUUUUAUUCGUUGUAGGUAGGUACAAUCAAAAUUUGAAUACCUUUGAAAGUUAGUGCAUGUUUAAUAACCAUGUUGGAUUAGAUACCUUCAAGUCAAAAAACUGACCAAAUAUACUAAAAAAAAUAUUGAAUUCUUUCAAGAAUAAAAUUCCUCUAUCUUGAAAAAU